AGUCAGCUGUCAAAACGACAACAGUCAACAACACACUCGAUUACAUAAAAAUGGUAUAAAAUUGCAAAAUAUUUAUGUUUAUUUGAUAAAUAAACUGUCAAUUAUCAUAAUUAUUUUUAAUUUCUUGUUUCGACAAUCGUUCCAUAAAAAUUGCAACAAAUGCAAUGCCACCAAAACACACCUUCAACCGUAAAUUCUACCACAAGACGAGCUCGAUUAUUUUAGCCGGCCUCGGCGUGGCGGCUGUUGGCUUUGCUGGAAAACAUUUGAUGCGACGCAUGCCACAGAUGACAACGAAAUUCAAUGAGGCCCUCAAGAAUCUGCCGAAAUUCGAUGCGGAGAGCAUGGCUAAUGCCAAGUACUAUAAGGGCGGCUUUGAUCCUAAAAUGAACAAACGCGAAGCCGCUCUUAUUCUUGGUGUCAGUCCCAGUGCUCCAAAGCUCAAGAUCAAGGAUGCGCAUAAGAAAAUCAUGUUGCUCAAUCAUCCAGAUCGUGGUGGCUCUCCAUAUUUGGCGGCCAAGAUAAAUGAGGCCAAAGACUUUCUGGAUAAUGCUAAAUAGAGAACCAACUCGUUGUAAAUAAACUAUUGUAAAUAGAAUGUAAGAACGCUAAA